AUGUUGGUCACUGCAUACUUGGUUCUGCUGGGGCUCCUGGCUCUGUGGGUUGUGUUGGAGUUUUCUGCCUGCCAUUCCAAAACCUCUACCACAAGCAGUGCAUUAGGUAACCCAGCCUUCAGACAUUUUCAACAUGAUUUUUUCAGAGCUUAUUUCCCUGCUUUGGCAGCGGACUGGUUACAAGGUCCCUAUUUAUAUAAAUUAUACCAGCAUUACCACUUCCUGGAGGGACAGAUCGCCAUCAUUUAUGUAUGUGGAUUUGGAGCCACUGUGCUGUCGGGUUUGGUGAGUGGCCCUCUGACAGGACGACUGGGGCGUAGGAAAUCCGUCAUACUUUUCUGCCUUUUGCUGUCAGCAUGUUACUUAUGCAAGCUGUCCCAGGAUUACUUUGUGCUUCUGACUAGCCGAGUUCUUGGCGGAUUUUCCAGUGGCCUGCUGUUUUCUUCCUUUGAAUCGUGGUAUACUCAUGAACACGUUGAGCAUCAUGACUUCCCUGCAGAUUGGCUCCCUCACACCUUCUCACAAGUGGCUACCUGGAAUGGAGGAAUCUCUAUUUUAGCAGGAGUUACAGCAAAUUUAUGUGCAGAAUGGCUUGGUCUGGGACCGGCCUCACCCUCUGUGCUUGCAGUGCCCCUAUUAGGCUUGGCCAUUGUUCUAGCGUUCCGAGUGUGGGAUGAGAACCACGGACAGAGUGCCGGCUUUACCAGAAGUUGUGGCGAUGGGCUGAGAUGUCUUUUGAGGGACCGCAGAGUUGUCCUUUUAGGUGCCAUUCAGGCAUUGUUUGAGAGCGUAGUUUAUAUCUUUAUUUUCCUGUGGACUCCAGUGCUGGAUCCUCAUAACACACCACUUGGAAUCGCCUUCUCUGGCUUUAUGGCAGCCAGUGCAACUGGAUCAUCGCUUUAUCGUCUGGCUACAUCAAAGAAAUAUCACUUGCAGCCCAUGCAUAUACUUUGCUUGUCUGUACUCAUGGUUUUCUUCUCACUUUUCAUGCUGACCUUCUCUACAGGCCCAGGACAGGAGAGACCAACGGAGUCCUUUCUUGCUUUCCUUCUCAUUGAACUCGCUUGUGGACUCUAUUUCCCAGCUAUGAGCUUUCUGAGGCGUCGAUUAAUCCCAGAAAAAGAGCAGGCUGGAGUGUUGAAUUGGUUUAGAGUGCCUCUGAACCUGCUUGCUGGACUGGGGCUUCUAGUGCUCCAUGAUAGUGACUACCAGAGCGGAACUAGGAACAUGUUCAGCUUGUGUGCUGUCACAAUGCUGCUUGCACUUCUCAGUGUGGUUGGCCUGUUUUCAAUGGUAAGAAAUGACCCUGACCUACGUAUGCCAAGUUCAGAAACUGAGCCCAGUGAACCUGAAAUGUGA